UUACGGGGUGGGGGGAACUCGGGUUAAGCAAUGAUCUUUGAGAAAGGGAGCUGGGUAUGCCCAACAAAAGGACGGGUCAUACAUUGGUCAAGCAUUGUAAAGGCAUAAAUGUUUGUGACUAUUAUUAAGUGAUCCAUUACAAAGAUUAAGCGGUAAGUUAAUAUAUAUUUACCAGCAGCAAGUACACAGAUAAUAUGGAUAAGCUGGCUAUUGAUACAAGCGUUUGGUCAGCGCUAUCUAGCGUAGUCAAACAGAUUUAGACAACUUUAAGCUGGUGACAGUGGAAGUUCUUAGUACACAGUGUUCUAUAUAAGGUAGUCCAGGAUACCUGCCUCAAGGAUGGAAGACCUUUAUUGCUGGGGACAAGUAAUGACCCUUAGCAAAGAAUAGAUACAAAAUAUAGAUAAAGGAAUAAAGAGGAGUUCUGACACGGUCCAGCCUACCGGUAUAUUUUUCGUAACAAUGACUGUAUUGGUCUUUUGCAGCUAGACUUCCUGUGUUUACUGAUCUGAAGAGCAAGCCAUUCAGUAAACAAAAGAUUCGAAGUCAACAUCUAUUCAACUAGCUGCAGAAUGCCUAUAAUCUCAGUGGGCUGACCUUGGGCCCCCUGUUGGCCAUCCGUUCUCUCCCAGUAUACAUACAGCUAUAUAUCACUCUGCUUCGAGAUAUUGAUACAAGGCUCUGCGCGGGUUAACGUUUAGAGUAACGUGAAAUGACUCUACUCCAAAUCGCAGUUGCUGCUUUUCCCGAUACGCCUGUGCUAUUGUGCGCAGUCGUGGUGAUUUUCCUUCUUAUUCUAUGGAAGCAACGUAAGACUAACGGACUACCUCCAGGUCCCUGGGGUUUCCCAGUGGUCGGAGUUCUCCCCUUCCUUGGGACAGAUCCUCACCUCGUCAUGGUGGGAUGGGCUAAGAAGUAUGGCGACAUAUUCAGCGUUAGAUUGGGCACCAAGACAACCGUUGUAUUGACCGGUUAUGAAGCUAUCCGAGACGUGUUUCAGAGAAAGGGAGCGCUGACUUCUGGCAGACCGCGGAUUCCGACUUUUGAUUUUCUCCAUGGAAAAGGUUUUUUAUGCACCGAUUAUUGUGCAAGGCAGAGGACUCAGCGAGAUUUUACCUUAAAGUACCUAGCAAAAGCUGACACCGAGAAGCAAACUGAAGAUGAGACUGACGCUCUGCUUCAAUACAUCCGCAAUAAAAAUGGCGAACCGUUCGAUUUCAACAGCACCAUCAGUGCCACUGUAUCCAACAUCAUAGGUAGCAUUCUGUUCGGAGGCAGACAGGAGUACGAUGAUCCAGAUUUCAAACAUUUGGUCGAUUCAUACCAUGCUGCAUCCAGAUUAAGCGCCCAGGCCUCGUUUCAGAAUUUCCUGCCAUUUCUUUCGUUUUUACCGCAAUGUAAAAAUGGAAACGAGGCUUGGAAUGUAUUUGCAAGCCAAGUAAAAUGUUUGCUAGAUCAGCACAGAUUGGGAUAUGAUCCAGGCGCCACGAGAGGUCUGGUCGAUGCUUUUCUGCACCAAUCAAAUCAAGGAGACUCGGAUAAUUCUUUUGCAUUUAAUGAUGAGGAUCUAAUAGCAAAUUGCCAGACGCUCUAUCUCGGGGGAUCGGAAACAACGUCAACAACACUAACCUGGGGAAUGCUGUACCUUUUAUCUAACCCUGACGUCUGUGAAAAGAUCCAUGCAGAAUUGGAAGAAGUCGUAGGAAACACACGACGCCCCAGUCUUGCCGACAGGCCGCAUCUCCCCUAUGUUAACGCUACGCUAAUGGAAAUACAACGCUGCAAUUAUAUUGGACCGCUGUCGCUUCCUCAUAAAGCGAUACGUGAUACCACUAUUAAUGGAUACGUGAUCCCUGAAGGA